CUCAGCCUGCUGGUUGAGUUCGAGCUGAAGACCCAGGCAGACUCAGGCUUGGUGUUCUACAUGGCGCGGGUGAACCACGCCGACUUUGCCACGGUUCAGGUGAGAGAGGGCAUGGCCCACCUCAGCUUCGACCUGGGCAGCGGAAACACGUCCGUCAGCAUCCCGCGCAUCAUCAACGAUGCCCACUGGCACAAGAUACGAGUAUGGCGGGAUAAGCAGCAAGGUAUCCUGACUGUGGACGGCCGGUACUCCAAACACACUGUCAGUCCUAAGAAAGCCGAUAUCCUGGAUGUAGUUGGGAUGCUGUAUGUUGGAGGACUUCCACUGAACUACACCACCAAACGCAUUGGACCGGUGGUGUACAGCAUCGAUGGCUGUAUCAGAAACUUCCGGAUGCGGAAUGGGCCAGUAGACAUGGAGAACCCGGUCUCAAGCUACCGGGUGGGGUCGUGUUUCACCAACCCUGAGCCUGGCUCCUACUUCGAUGGCACUGGAUACGCUAAAGCAGUGGCCACAUACAGAGUAGGUAACGACAUGUCAGUAGAUCUGGAGUUCCGCACAAGCAGUAGCAGCGGAGUUCUACUGGCCAUCAGCAGUCAGAAGAUGGAUGGCGUGGGCAUCGAACUGAACAACGGCAGGCUCCUGUUCCAUGCUGAUAACGGAGUGGGCCGCGUCUCAGCUGCCCACCAACCUGAUGAGGAGGCGGGGCUUUGUGACAACAGUGGCAUUCUGUCACCGCCCACAAGCUGAAGCACCGCCUGGAACUGAUCGUCGAUGGCAAGAAGUCAGAGGCAGCGAGCCCAGAUGCCCGCUCUGCCUCCGCCGACACCAAUGACCCUGUCUAUGUGGGAGGAUACCUCGAGGGCUUAAAGUAGUUUGGCCUGACCAUCAGCACCUCGUUUAAAGGCUGUAUGAGGAACGUGAAACUCACUAAAGCAGGAAAGGUCCUGGAGGUUCAGCUGAACAAAGCACUGGACCUCAAAGGAGUCCAGCCUCUCACCUGUCCCACUGUAUAGUUACACACACACACAUCACACACAUCAGUGCACAUACACAGACACACACACACACACACACACACACACACACUCACACACACAUUGACAUAUACACAUACAUAGGCGCACACACGUAUAUAAAGUCUCACAUAUCUUGUUAAUUCAAUAUCAUAUGUGAUGUUCUGGUGACAUGACUAUGAAUCGAAAAAAAGAAUCAAAUGAAGACCCUUACCAAAGAUUCAUUUUGAAUGUCCUCGCUGAUAUCCAUCACCACAGCAACAAAAGUGGCAUGGCCCUCCUCUUCUGUUGGCUCAGUGGGCUAACCAGCAACAGGAAGAAGUGAUGUGUGUAAGCGGACUGUUGGAGAGACUCUGUCACCUUUAGGUCCGACUCCAGUCACGGAUGGUACCAUAUACCUCCAUCGCUGUUUCAAACAUACGUCCAUUCCUGGGUUGCAAUUAGAUUAAUUAAAUAAUUACACACAUUUAAUGCACCCCUAAAAUAAAAUGUUUAUUUAACCUUGA